CGGAGGCUGGGGGCGUGGUUCUCUACUGGGGGCGGGACUCUCUCGGAGAGCCGAGUGGAGUCUCGGAGUUGGGCUUCCCUAGCGAGAGGGAGGCGAGGCUUGGGGCGGGGCCACAGUGAUGGGCGGGCCCAGAGGACCGCCCCCGGCGGGCUGUGGACCUGCGCUCAGCACCGAGGAGUCACUCACUGCGAGCCUUUCCUCGCGCCGCUGUCUGUUCUGAGCCAUGGCUCUGCGCUGCUGGCGCCGGUGGCACUGGUCCGCGUGGCCUAGGGUCCGGCCGCCUCCCUCCAGGAGCACCCCGACCCCAGGCUUCUGCCAGCAGUUCUCCACACGGGAAACGACCCCUCAGAUCUGUGUGGUUGGCAGUGGCCCAGCUGGCUUCUACACAGCUCAACACUUGUUAAAGCACCACACCCGGGCCCAUGUAGACAUCUACGAGAAGCAGCUCGUGCCCUUUGGCCUAGUGCGCUUUGGUGUGGCACCUGACCACCCGGAAGUAAAGGUGGGUGUCUUUCGGUGUGGAGGUGAUCGCUGUGCUUUCCGGGGCAAUGUGGUGGUGGGCAGGGACGUGUCUGUGCCAGAGCUUCAGGAAGCCUACCACGCCGUGGUGCUGAGUUACGGAGCAGAGGACCACCAAACCCUGGAAAUUCCUGGCGAGGAGCUGCCUGGCGUGGUCUCAGCCCGGGCCUUUGUGGGCUGGUACAACGGGCUUCCUGAGAACCGGGAGCUGGCGCCGGACCUGAGCUGUGACACAGCUGUGAUUCUGGGACAGGGGAAUGUGGCUCUGGAUGUGGCCCGGAUCCUGCUGACCCCACCUGAGCACCUGGAGAAAACAGACAUCACAGAGGCGGCUUUGGGAGUCUUGAGACAGAGUCGGGUGAGGACUGUGUGGAUAGUGGGCCGGCGUGGACCCCUGCAAGUGGCCUUCACCAUUAAGGAGCUUCGAGAGAUGAUUCAGUUACCAGGAACCCGGCCCAUUUUGGAUCCUUCGGAUUUCUUGGGCCUCCAGGACAGGAUUAAGGAUGUCCCCCGUCCAAGGAAGCGGCUGACAGAGCUGCUGCUUCGGACAGCCACAGAGAAGCCAGGGGUGGAAGAGGCUGCCCGCCAAGCACUGGCUUCCCGGGCCUGGGGCCUCCGCUUUUUCCGAAGUCCCCAGCAGGUGCUACCCACACCGGAUGGCCAACAGGUAGCAGGCAUCCGCCUGGCAGUUACCAGACUGGAGGAUGUUGGUGACUCCACCCGUGCAGUGCCCACGGGAGAUGUGGAGGACCUCCCUUGUGGGCUGGUGCUGAGCAGCGUUGGGUAUAAGAGUCGCCCCAUUGACCCCAGUGUGCCCUUUGACCCCAAGCUUGGAGUCAUUCCCAACAUAGACGGCCGGGUUGUGAAUGUACCAGGCCUCUACUGCAGUGGCUGGGUGAAGCGGGGACCCACAGGUGUUAUCACCACCACCAUGACGGACAGCUUCCUCACCAGCCAGGUGCUGCUGCAGGACCUGAAGGCGGGGCUGCUGCCCUCUGGCCCCAGACCUGGCUAUACAGCCAUUCAAGCCCUGCUCAGCAAUCGAGGGGUCCGGCCAGUCUCUUUCUCUGACUGGGAGAAGCUGGAUGCUGAGGAGGUAUCUCGAGGCCAGGGCGCUGGGAAACCGAGGGAGAAACUGGUGGAUCCCAGGGAGAUGCUGCAGCUGCUGGGGCACUGAACCUGGACCCCAGCCUCAACCGUGAAGAAGAGAGUCUUGUUCAAGGAUUCGGGGCCUGAGGCCGUCUGAGCUGGAGUCUUCUCCCAGAUUCUUCGCCCAGAUACAGUGCCAACACCCCGGCUUCAGGCUGAGCUCUGGCCCUUCCAGGGGCCUCUGAUCUCUGUCUUCUGCAAGCUGACCUUGCCAUUGUGGCUCUAGGCCAAGGAGGGAACCUUAGGUUAGGGAUGGAUGGAGGGGCAGGCUGACUCCGCCCACUCCUACUUCCUCCCUGAUGAACUUUGGAGGGCCCCUAGAAUGGGAACACAGUGGAAAUAAAGCAGCUGUACCAAAGA